CUCAUGAGAUGCUCCACCACUCGUGAGACAACAUUCAACUCACAGGAUGCUCCACCACUCCUCACAGCCAUUCCCGUGUGGGAUCACCGUGGGGAAGGGACAAUGGGCUGCGUGUCCCUGCCGAGGGACAGUGUGCUGGAUGCUCAGGCGUGGGCAGCCUCCUGGGAUGCAGCUUGCGGAGCAGCUGGUGCAGACAGACGGUGCUUCCCAUGCGCCUGCUGUGCCGGGGGCUGACAGGACACUGACGCUCGUUUGGGAUCAUCUGAGCAAUAGCGAACUUUUCCAUCCGGCCGCCCGCAGCUCCCGCUGCACCGCCCCUGCGGCGGCGGGGAGGGGAUGGCCCUCGCGGGUCCCCUGGGUGCUGUGGGAAGCGCUGGCUCCUCGGCUGCACACAGAGAGUCGCACACGGUGCUGGGAUUGCUGGCGAGGCACGGCAUGGGGCUGCGGCUCCCGCUGCGCCGGAGCACCAGCUUCACCCCCGACCACCCUGCCCUCAUGGAGAUGCCUGGCCCCACUGCCCUGAAGAUGGAAGCAAACGUCCUCAUCAUGGGAGCAGAUAACGUGGGGAAAUCAGCUCUGACUGUGCGCUUCCUGACCCGGCGCUUUAUCGGGGAGUACGGAGACAUGGAAUUCCUCUACAGCCACAAUCUGACCAUGGAUGGCCGAGAGAUUCUCUUCCACAUCUGGGACGUCCCCAAUUCCCAGGAGCAGGCAGAGGAGGGCUCCUCAGAGGAGAAGCGAAUCCAGUGGGCAGACAGCUUUGUCCUGGUCUACAGCAUCUGCGACCGUGCCAGCUUCAACAUCCUGCCCCUCAAAAUCCAGUUCAUCAAAGCGGCCAAGGAGGGGCAGAGCCAGGAGAAGGUGCCCAUCGUCAUUGUGGGCAACAAGCGGGACCUGCACCACCAGCGGGUGGUGUCCAGCGAGGAGGGCCGGCUCCUGGCCCUCUCUUUAGACUGUGGGUUCUAUGAGGUCUCUGCAGCCGAGGCUUACCACGGGGCCCUCAUGGUCUUCCAUGGACUGGCCGAGCGCAUCCCUGACACCAAACUGGCACUGAAGAAGGGGACAGGGAUCCGUGGCAUCGUCAAGACCAUGUCGGCUGUGUUUGCCCGUAAGCGAACAGACUCCCUCUGAGCUACGGUAUGGAUGUUGCUUCUCUCUGUGCUGGACCAAGCCUCCUCCCUUGGUGCCCAUGGAGAUGGUCUGUGUCUGCAUAAGUAUGAUGGGUUCCUUGCUGUCCUCCUAAUGCCAGGGUCUGGGUGACCUGCCAUACACAGCAGUGCAGCACUGUAGUGCCUUAGUGUUGGCUCUGUGAUGGGGCAGUCUCUACCCUUUGCUGUACCAGCUUUUUAGGCACCUCCUGCUUUCUCCUUCCAUGCUCCAACACUGGAAACCACGAGGUGAUUUUGACACAACUCCAGGCAGCAUCAUUCCCAGCUCCUUCAGCAGGAGCUGUCAGUGAGCAGGGAGUUCAUGCUGCUUCUGCCCGGCUCCUGGUC